AUGUCCAUGAUGCUGGAACCCCACAAUUUUUUUUGCGCUAUUUAUCGCUUCGACACAAAAAAACAUGAACUUUGCUUGUCGAAGGACCUUUACGUAGACACGGGAGGAGGGAGACUGAAGCAAGUUGGGGGUGGCAAGACCCUUAAGAAAUUGAAACAAAGCAAUGCAAGUUGUCGACUUAUUAACGAUAAGGGGGAGGCAAUUGCUCGUGCAACCAUCUUAGAGUUCUCGCAAGAUCAAAGUAUGAUCGAUACGUAUUUAAAACCAACAAAAAGGUUGCGUAUUCCACCCAGAUUGAGUACUGGUCCAAUCGAGGGGAAAAUAAAAUUAUCUGCUAAGGAAUCUGGAGACUCUACGAAGGAACAAAAAAAUCGAAUACAUCAGGAAGCUUUGCGUAAAGGCGAUGAGCGAGUUCAUUCAAAAAUAGCUAAAUUUCGAUCUAACGUUCAAGACAAGAGAGAGAGUUCAGAAUUUGAUGAAAAUGAGGCAUCUGAAGAAGAUGAAGAUAAGGAUAAAGUUGAUGAAAAUGAUGAUAAAACGGAUCAGCCAGAGGAAACAGAAUCGGAAGAACUAGAUGAUAGAGAGGAUGACGAAGAAGAAGAGGGGGAAAAGAAGGAUGCUGAAAGAGAGGGAAAGGGAGAAGAAGAAAGCGAUGAAAAGGAAGUAAAAGUUAGUGGUCGAGCCAAGAAACGAGAGAGGAAGCAUCGUGCUCAUGAAGUUGGAAAGUUUGUUCGCGCUCCCCAACAAAGUGAAGACGAGGAUAUUACUGACGAGUACGAUGAUGCUCUAAAGUCACCAUUACCUCGAUCUCACGAGACACGUCACCGCAGGGAAUCCAAGAUUAAGACCUCCUUGCGAGCUUCAGUGCGAAAUAAAUUAGAAAAGAAAGAAGACAAACGAACCUACCCGAAACGUUCCCCGAUGGCCCGAGAUGUGUUGGAGCACUACCAGAAAAAACUUGUAAAAAAAACCCCGUCAAAAUCGAACGACAUAGACUCGAGCUCCUCGAGUGAGGACGAGGCGCCCCCAAAACCCCGAAUUAACGGGACGACAAAACUCCAGAAGAAGAAGGCCGUCUCCUCAGACUCCGACACAAACAACCACUCUAACUCUUCAGAGAAAAACUACUCGCAGGGAAAAUCAACAGCUGCAGCGAAGCAUGCAACCAGAUUAACACUCAACGACUCUCCUGCGAGCUCCUCAGACGAAUAGAAAAACUCCAAGCCCAUUGUCUCAUCUACAGCAAGAUCGCCAGCUGCUAAAGUCCCGGCGAAGAAACUAGAGUCUUCGAGUGACACAUCAGACUCUGAUGAAGACUCCAAGGCGAAAGCUGGCACUAAACCUCAAACGAAACUGCAGGUGAAAUCCCAGAUGAAGAAACAACAGAAGUCAGUAGAGCAUGGUUCUUCAGAGGAUGAGGAAGUCGUCAAGAAUGCUCCGAAGGGUGUGACUGCCAAGGCUAAAACGAAGCCGACUCUACCGAAAGGUUGCCCAGUAAUCCGCGAUAUGAUGGAGCACCACCAGAAA